CUCUGGCAGCCACGCCCCGUACGCGACAGGCUCCACCCAUCGCUCCAAACCACGCCCCGUGUUUGCUGGGCCACGCCCCGCGGCCCUCCCGCGCAGGCGCAGAGCCGCAGCCCCGCCCGGCCGCGGACACGCGGGGACCCACCAUGGCGGACCAGGAGCUGCAGCUAGUGGCGCGGCGCAUCCGCAGCUUCCCCGACUUCCCCAUGCCGGGCGUGAUGUUCAGGGACAUCUCGCCCCUCCUGAAGGACCCCGCCUCGUUCCGGGCCGCCAUCAUCCUGCUGGCGCGGCACCUGAGGAAGACCCACGACAAAAUAGACUACAUCGCGGGCCUGGACUCCCGGGGCUUUCUGUUUGGCCCUUCACUGGCCCAGGAGUUAGGCUUGGGCUGUGUGCUUAUCCGGAAACGGGGGAAGCUACCAGGCCCCACUGUGUCGGUCUCAUACUCAUUGGAGUAUGGGAAGGCUGAGCUGGAAGUCCAAAAGGACAGCCUGGAACCAGGGCAGAAAGUGGUGGUUGUGGACGACCUGCUGGCAACUGGUGGAACCAUGCGGGCCGCCUGUGAGUUGCUGGGCCUGCUGCGGGCCGAGGUGUUGGAGUGUGUGAGCCUGGUGGAGCUGACCUCGCUGAAGGGCAGGGAGAAACUGGGGGCAGUGCCCUUCUUCUCACUUCUACAGUUCGACUGAAGCAUUCCCGCCCAACACCACCAGUAGCUUGGGCCAUGGCUCACCCAAGGAUGCAGAUGCCUCUCCCAGCCACCAGGGGCGCUGGCUGCCUGCCUGGAACUUUCCUGUGGCCUGGGGCCAGAGGAUUGAGCAAGCCCUGCCUGGGGCUCAGGAAGUGCAGAGUGGGUGCCAAACCCUUGGGCUGCGCAGGU